AGUUACUUUUAAUCAUUCUAGACUUCUGCUCACAUGUAUACAUGUAAUGUAGAAUAGAAAACAUUUAAUUUGGAAUAUAAAAACCUGCAAUAGAUUUCAAUUAAUAAAAGAAUGAAUGUUUUUCAACAAAAAGUAAACUCUUGUACAUUGAAAAUUGCUUUAUCAUCAAGUCUAAGUUGGCGGGCUAUCCAAACACACAGAGCAAACAGACUGUUUGUACAAUGCUCUAGUCGACCUAUUUUGCCAAGUCAGCCUGACGUUAAGACAUUUUUGAAACAACCUGCAUUCACCUUUUUGAGUUACCGAAGCAAAAGUGAAAUGGAGUCUUUUAUUACUGACAAAGCUUAUAUUAAUGGAAAGUGGGAAAGUGUGGCUGACAGUUUUGAAGUGUUGAAUCCUUAUAAUGGGGAAGUGGUGGGAAGAGCAGCAGAUUGUGACAAGGCAUUGGCUGAAGCAACAGUCAAGCACGCACAUGUUGCAUUUCAAAGUUGGAAGAACACAUGCGCUAAAGCACGAUCAAGUAUUCUCAAAAAAUGGUUUGAAUUAAUCUUGAAAAAUCAGAAAUCUCUAGCAGAACUAAUCACCAAAGAAAAUGGCAAACCUAUCAAGGAAUCAAUAGGUGAAGUAGCUUAUGCAGCUUCCUUUGUUGAGUGGUUAGCAGAAGAAGCAAAACGUAAUUAUGGAACUACCAUACCAACCCCCCACCCAAACAAGAGGCUUAUGUCUAUAAAGCAACCGAUUGGUGUUGCAGGAAUGAUUACUCCGUGGAACUUCCCAGCUGGUAUGAUCACCAGGAAAGCUUGUGCAGCAAUAGCAGCAGGAUGCACUGUGGUUUUAAAACCAGCAGAAGAUACUCCUUUUUCUGCACUGGCAAUUGCUAAGCUUGGAGAAGAAGCAGGGUUGCCUGCUGGUGUGUUGAACAUCAUUCCUUCUUCACGGGAACAUGCACCUGAGAUAGGGAAUGUUAUUUGUACACACCCUGAUGUGGCUGCUGUUUCUUUUACAGGAUCUACUGCAACUGGGAAGAUCUUGCUUGGACUUGCAGCAAGUACUGUGAAGAAAGUAUCUAUGGAACUUGGUGGGCUUGCACCAUUCAUCGUGUUUGAUUCUGCUGAUAUGAACAAAGUUAUUCCAAACGCCAUCGCUUGCAAGUUUCGCUACAUGGGACAGACUUGUGUUUGCGCCAACCGUAUCUUCGUUCAAGAAUCCGUCCACGAUGAAUUUGUUUCAAAACUCGUUGCUGCAAUGAAAAAGGAACUUAUACUUGGAGAUACCUUGGACCCGGCGAACUCAUUUGGGCCUCUUAUUAAUGAAAAAGCAUUGGAAAAGGUUGAAAGUCAGGUAGAAGAUGCAAUCAAGAAUGGUGCGACUGUUGUUUGUGGGGGAAAGCGAGGUUCUCUUGGUGGAACAUUCUAUGAACCUACUUUAAUCACUGGUGUGACACCAGCCAUGAAGUGCUGCAAUGAAGAAACUUUUGGGCCAAUAGCAGCGAUCAUUAAGUUUAAAACAGAGGAUGAGGUGAUAGCUUUGGCAAAUGAUUCUCGGGUUGGCUUGGCAGGAUAUUUCUUCAGCAAUGACGUAGCUCAAUGUUGGCGUGUGGCCGAAAAAUUGGAGGUUGGAAUGGUUGGGAUUAACGAGGGUUUAAUGAGCACAGCAGAAGCACCGUUUGGUGGCGUCAAAGAGUCAGGUCUGGGACGAGAAGGCUCCCAGUUUGCGCUCGAUGAAUUUACAGAGAUGAAGUACAUGUGUUGGGGGGUGUAAAUGUCAUGUUCAUGCGCUUAUAAUGUUUGACAUUAGGUGUUGUAGAUUACAUUGCGCUUCGAUUUAAUAUGUUUUCUAUGAAUUAUUCAUGUAGUCUGUAAAUGAACUGUCUUAUUCGUCAUGUCGAAUAAAUCAUUAAUUCCAUGCUGCUGUAAUACAACCCUUCAUCAUUUUU